AUGCUGCCAGUAGAACCCGGAGGGACAUGGCAUGAAAGAGCGAACGGGCAAAAUGGGCGAGACGCGAGAAAUGGAGGAAGGCAGAUCGCGCAGAAGACCGUCAAUUUCUUCAAAGAGGACGAAGAAACCUUGCGGAAGAAAGAGAUCUCAGGACAGACGCCGGUUCACGUGGCGAUCAACAUCAUCCUCCAGAUCGGGUUGAUCGUGGUGUUCAUGCUGAAUGUAGACCACCAGAAGUAUCCUGCUCAUCCGAACCCUCCGGCGUACCCUGGUGUUGGACAACCAGGUGGUCCUACCUUGCCCCAGCCUGAGCCUGUCAUCCCCUUCAAACGGUAUCCUGCUGGUUUUGAUGUGUGGGGACCAAGACCAGACGGGAGUCUGACUUCUCGGCUCGCGGAGACCGUCAUGCAGAACCAGUUCAAGUUUUUCAUCGAGAUCACCACGUAUGUUUACCUGGGAUUUGCUCUCCAAUACUCCUUCUUGAGGAAGUUCGGAUACAGCACCAUGUCUUUCGGUCUGCUUCAGGCUACGGUCGCUGCGCAGUGGGGGAUCGUCUGGAUGCAGCUGAUAGACGUCAUACACUGUCAGUACCUCAAGUCAAACUUCAUAAACAUAGAUGCGCAAUGCACACCGCCAUUCACUGCCGAACAGAUCUCCCCGACCUAUAGUCAGAAGCAGCUCAGACAGGCGUGCUCAUGCCAACUGUGGGAUGUCAUCCAUGGCAACAGAAGUAUUGUGACAGAGCAGCCGAAUUAUGCCCACCAUACCCUCAUCACGAUAGGGAAGAUGAACUUUGACAACACGUUUGUCAUCACUCUACCCUCUUUGAUGGAAGGCCUGUUAGCAACGAUACCCGUGCAGAUCACGUACGGGAUGCUGCUCGGUAAAGUCGGCCCCAGCCAGCUGAUGCUCUGCGCUCUCACCUGCGUGACUUGCUACGGAAUCAACUAUUGGAUCGUCAUCUACGUGCUGGGGGCAUGGGACCACGUGGGAGGCUCUUGUAUCAUACACGCAUUCGGCGCUUUCUUUGGCAUCGGCUGCACUCUGUUUGCAUCGCCAAAGGGAGUGGCUUCCAACCCGGACAACUCUCCAAGGUACAACGCAGACGUUCUCUGCACUGUAGGAGUGAUCCUGAACUGGAUCACCUUUCCAUCCAUCAAUGCAUACUUCGCCCCGGCUGCGGCGCAACAAGCAGUGGUCAUCAACACUUACCUGUCACUUUUCAGCAGUUGUGUAGCAUCGAUGCUGUUCUCAAGCUUGUACUCACAGCAGUUCAAGUUCGAUCCUGCAGACAUUCAGCGCUCUUGCAUAUCCGGAGGAGUAGCGAUCUCUUCAGUGGCCUCCCUCUUCGUUCAACCCUACCAGGCCAUGCUGAUCGGGUUUGCCGGAGGCUUUGCCUGCAGCACCUCCCACAACUUCCUCCGAAAGUUUCUCGAGAAGAAGCUGAUGAUAACUGACACCGUCGGUGUUGUCAGCCUGCAUGCCAUCCCCUCCGCCAUCGCUUGGAUCGCAGGCGUCAUCAGCGUGGCUCCUCUCAACACAGCCUACAUGGGGAAAUGGGCUGGUACUCAGUACAUCUCCCAGCAGACUAAGACGCUGCCCUUCGGAUUGGAGUACGGACAAAUCUUUCAGCACACCGCUGGCAACGGCGAUACAGCUCGUUACCAGCUUAUAAUGUAUCCUACCACCGUCGCCUUUGCUCUUUCUUCAGGAGCGCUGUGCGGAUUUCUAGCGAGGAAUGUGAAGGGGCCGUCGGUAGCCCGCAGCUUCUCAGAUUCUAUCUUCUGGUUUGUUCCCGAGGAUUUCAGAAAGACAGAGGACCUGAUGAGAAAGGAAACGACGGCCGUGUGAGAAGAUGGAGGGAGACAGAAAUCGCAAUUACAAUCGUACUUUACAUCAAAUACAAGGC